UUACCCGAAAAGGGAUGUUACGUCGUCGAGCAGCUGAGUCCCAUAUAUCCGAUCCAUUUCGCCGCGCGCCACCAAACCUUCAACGACCACCUACGCAUCAUCCAGCAUAUAACCAGUAGAAAGCGAGUUCGUCUGCUCUAGGUUUUUGGUUCGUUCCCAUCAUCACAUCACAUUGUCACGUUAAUUUUCUCGACUGGCCGGUCAGGAUGAAGAUCACCGUGCACUCCUCCAAGUCCGUCAAGCCGGCCAGCAGCUCCGGCAGCGGCAGCGGCAGCGGCAGCGGCACUCCGGCCGGCUCCUCCAAAUCCAAGCUCAUCCCCCUCACCGUGUUCGAUGAGGCCAACCACGACGAGUACGUCCCGGGCAUAUUCGCCUUCCACCCGCCGGCGCCGCCCGUCGACGCGCUCGAGGCCGGGCUCGCCAAGAUGCUAGCCGAGUACCGCCACUGGGCCGGCCGGAUCGUCACCGUGGACGCCACCUCCGGCAAGCGCGCGAUCCUGCUCAACGACGCCGGCGUGCGGCUCGUGGAGGCGACGGCCGACGUCGCGCUCACCGACGUGACGCCGCUGGAGCCGACGCCGGAGGCGCUGCGCCUGCAACCGAGCUCCGACGACGACGGCGCCGAGGGGGAGCUGAUGCUGCUCCAGGUCACGCGGUUCCGGUGUGGCUCCUUCGCCGUCGGGUACAGCAUGCACCACUCCGUCGCCGACGGCUACGCCACCUGCACGUCGCUGCUGGCGUGGGGCCAGGCCGUCCGCGGCGCGGCGGCGUUCGACCCCGCGCCCGUGCACGACCGGGCGUCCCUGUUCGUGCCGCGGGACCCGCCGCUCGUCGAGUUCGAGCACCGCGGCGCCGAGUUCAAGCCACGUGCGGAGAAGAAGAAGGCCCUCGACGUCGUCGACGUCGUCGGCGACGGCAACGAGGUGGUGAUGCAGACGGUGCGCUUUAGCCGGGAGUUCGUCGCUCGGCUGAAGUCGGAGGCGUCGGCGGGGAGGCGCCGGCCGUACAGCGCGGCGCAGUGCGUGGCGGCGCACCUGUGGCGGUGCGUCACGGCGGCGCGUGGGCUCGGCGCGCACGAGGUCACCAAGCUCCACAUCGCCGUGAACGGCCGUUUCCGGAUGACCGACCCGCCGGUGCCCAAGGGUUACACCGGCAACGCCGUUCUGUGGGCGCGGCCGGCAACCACCGCGCGGGACCUGCUGCACUCGCCGCUGCGGCGCGCGGCACAGCUCAUAUCCAAGGCGGUGUCCGGCGUCGACGGCCGCUACUUCCAUUCCUUCGUCGACUUCGCGAGCUCCGGCGCUGUGGAGCGCGAGGGGCUGGUGCGGACGGCGGUGUCGUCGGAGCUGGUGGCGAGGACCAACAUCGAGGUGGACAGCGUGCUGGGGAUCCCGUUCUACGACCUGGACUUCGGCACCGGGAAGCCGUUCCUCUUCAUGCCCACGUACAGCACCCCGCAGCCGGUGGAGGGCGCCGCGUUCCUCGUGCCGGAAGCCGACGGCGGCGGCGGCGUGGUCGCGUACGUGCCGCUCUACCGCCGCGCCGUCGACGCCUUCGCCAGCUGCUGCUACUCGCUGCCGCCGCCGGUGGUGGUGGAUGCACGGCUGUGAUUCUUGAGUACUACGAAUUGAAGGGAUUGGUUUGUAAUAUUUUUGUUUUCUUUUCAUCUCUUUUUCGGUGUGUCUUUUGUUGGAAUCUUAUCUUACUAUUACUAAUUGGAGGCUCCUUUUGAAGCCUCCAAGUGAAGCCACCUACGAUUCCUAGGUGGACACUCUA